CAGGAGGCUCGGGGGCGGGGCCUGGAAGGAGCAGGAGAGGCUAAGAGAGCAGCCCCAGACCCUAAACGCUCCACAGCGCUCACGGAGCAGAACCAGGAGGACUCUGCUGUCAAGGCUGCGCUCAUCCAGGUUUCAAUAUGAAGGUCUAUCUGUGUUUACUGGCCCUUGCGGUGGAGACAUGCUUUGCUGCUCCCAGCGUAGACCCUGCUCUGGAUAGUCAUUGGGACGCAUGGAAGUCAUGGCAUGGCAAGAACUAUGCUGAGAAAGAGGAAGGCUGGAGAAGAAUGAUCUGGGAGAAGAAUCUGAAGAUGAUUGAAUUGCACAACCUGGAACACAGCAUGGGCAAGCAUAGCUUCACCCUGGGAAUGAAUCAAUUUGGAGACAUGAACAAUGAAGAGUUCAGGCAAGUGAUGAAUGGUUAUAAGCACUCCAAGACAGCAAAGAAAUACAGAGGAUCUGAGUUUCUUCAACCAAACUUUGUGGAGCUUCCAAAAUCUGUUGACUGGAGGGAAAAGGGAUAUGUAACUCCAGUGAAGAAUCAGGGUCAUUGUGGUUCUUGCUGGGCAUUCAGUGCAACUGGAGCCCUUGAAGGACAACAUUUUCGCAAAACCGGCAAGCUGGUCUCCUUGAGUGAACAAAACCUUGUGGAUUGCUCUCAGGCUGAAGGAAAUGAAGGCUGCAAUGGGGGUCUUAUGGACCAGGCUUUCCAGUAUAUUCUGGACAAUGGUGGCAUUGAUUCUGAGGACUCCUACCCUUACAUUGCCAAGGAUGAUGAAGAUUGCCUGUACAAAUCCGAAUUCAAUGCUGCUAAUGACACUGGAUUUAUUGAUAUCGAACCAGGACGUGAGCAUGCCCUCAUGGAGGCAGUGGCUACUGUUGGGCCAGUCUCUGUUGCUAUUGAUGCUGGUCACUCCACUUUCCAGUUCUAUAAGUCAGGAAUUUACUAUGAACCAGAAUGCAGCAGUGAAGAUCUGGAUCAUGGUGUUCUUGCUGUUGGUUAUGGAUUUGAGGGAACAGAUCCCGAAAACAAGAAGAAAAAGUACUGGAUUGUCAAAAACAGCUGGAGUGAGGCGUGGGGUGACAAAGGUUAUAUCCUCAUGGCUAAAGAUAGAGAAAACAACUGUGGUAUAGCUACAGCUGCCAGCUAUCCUCUUGUAUAACUUCUCCAAGGACGAAAUUGCUGGUUAACAGCAGUUCUUCAACUUGAGAAGAUGAACCACUGGAAUAAGCUUUCCGGAUUGUUGGUCUUUCUGGACACUUUCUCUGAGGCCACCAAAGUAUUUCAGCACCAGAAAGGACUUUAAACUGACUUGCACAUGUUACUAAUACAUGUGCUUGCAGCUGUUUUCUUCCAAGAUCUGAGUUGUGAUUUUUUUUUACCUUGAGCCUCUGUGAUGUUUACUUGAUGGCAAUGUGUGCCCUCUUUUAUAAACUUGAUGUAAAUGUUGCUUAUGUACACAAGCUUGUAAUAUUGAUAGCUUGAAUUCUGGCUAAAUCAGUUUCUUUUUUAAUUUUGAUUUUUUUUUAACCAAUGGCUUGCACAAAGAGCUAGAGCUUUUCAAAUAAACACUGAACAUUUCAACAUA